AUGAUGAAGUAUAAGGACCUUAAGACUGACGUAUAUAAAGCAAUAGACUUGCCCUCACUGUCACUUUAUCGCACUACAAGAUCUAACACUAACCCUCAGUCUAUACCAACACCAGGAGUAAGCAAUCCCAACCAUCCUUCUCCAUCUCUUCAAACAAAUCCUAAUUUUGAUGUUGCUUCCCUCCAUCCCUCAACAAGCCAAUCCCAACUCUCCCCUCCUCCUGCUCAGCCCAAUUCCAACCCACCCUCCACAAACCAAUCCCAACCUUCCCUUCCCCCUGUUCAGCCUGAUUCCAACCCACCCUCCACAAACCAAUCCCAACCCUCCCUCCCCUCUGCUCAGCCCAAUUCCAACCCGCCCUCCACAAACCAUUUCCAACCCUCCCUUCCCCCUGCUCAACCUAAUUCCAACCCUCCCUUGCCUUCUCGACAAUCUACCACUCACCAAAAUCCCAGCCAAUCUCAAACAAGUGUGACCAAUUCAGUCAUCCAGCCAGAGACUUCCAGUGGUGCAACAAGUGGUGAAACAAGUGCGGCAAGUGGUGUUGUUGGUCUGGUGGACUUGACAUUGCCUACAAGUGAAUAUGGUGUCAUUGCUUUAGAUGAUGUCAAUGACAAUGAACUCGACAGAAGCUAUUUAGCUAGUAACCCAGUAAAUGUUGACUCAGCUGGGAUUGUAAAAGAAGACAAAAGUUCUUUGGGAAUUCUCAAUCAGAAUGCUCAAGUGCCAUUGAAUGAUAUGGACAGAACAAAGGAAGUGCUUUCCUGUGAACAUGUGCUCAUGGAGGCAGCAUCAACCCACGAGGACAUUCUUCUGCCAAUCUUUUUGACCUUGACAUAUGAGGAGAUGUGUCACCAGGCCAGGUCCGACAGGAGGAGCAUGGUCAUAGUGAUCCUCAAAGGUGACAACAUACCUGAUGUGAUAAGGUGA